UCUCAUGGUGGGGAGUAGUCACACAAGACACAUCUCAUGGUGGGGAAAAGUCACACAAGACGCAUCUAAUGGUGGAGAAAAGUCACACAAGACACAUCUCAUGGUGGAGAAAAGUCACACAAGACGCAUCUCAUGGGGGAGAAAAGUCACACAAGACGCAUCUCAUGGUGGAGAAAAGUCACACAAGACGCAUCUCAUGGGGGAGAAAAGUCACACAAGACGCAUCUCAUGGUGGAGAAAAGUCACACAAGACACAUCUCAUGGGGGAGAAAAGUCACACAAGACGCAUCUCAUGGGGGAGAAAAGUCACACAAGACGCAUCUCAUGGUGGAGAAAAGUCACACAAGACACAUCUCAUGGGGGAGAAAAGUCACACAAGACACAUUUCAUGGUGGGGAAAAGUCACACAAGACACAUCUCAUGGUGGUGGAGAAAAGUCACACAAGACAUCUCAUGGUGGGGAGAAGUCACACAAGACACAUCUCAUGGUGGGGAAAAGUCACACAAGACACAUCUCAUGGUGGAGAAAAGUCACACAAGACACAUCUCAUGGGGGAGAAAAGUCACACAAGACACAUUUCAUGGUGGGGAAAAGUCACACAAGACACAUCUCAUGGUGGUGGAGAAAAGUCACACAAGACAUCUCAUGGUGGGGAGAAGUCACACAAGACACAUCUCAUGGUGGGGAAAAGUCACACAAGACACAUCUCAUGGUGGAGAAAAGUCACACAAGACACAUCUCAUGGAGGAGGAGAAAAGUCACACAAGACGCAUCUCAUGGUGGAGAAAAGUCACACAAGACACAUCUCAUGGUGGAGGAGAAAAGUCACACAAGACACAUCUCAUGGAGGAGGAGAAAAGUCACACAAGACGCAUCUCAUGGUGGAGAAAAGUCACACAAGACGCAUCUCAUGGUGGAGGAGAAAAGUCACACAAGACACAUCUCAUGGUGGAGAAAAGUCACUCAAGACGCAUCUCAUGGUGGAGGAGAAAAGUCACACAAGACGCAUCUCAUGGUGGAGAAAAGUCACACAAGACGCAUCUCAUGGUGGAGGAGAAAAGUCACACAAGACACAUCUCAUGGAGGAGAAAAGUCACACAAGACGCAUCUCAUGGUGGAGGAGAAAAGUCACACAAGACGCAUCUCAUGGUGGAGGAGAAAAGUCACACAAGACGCAUCUCAUGGUGGAGAAAAGUCACACAAAACACAUCUCAUGGUGGAGGAGAAAAGUCACACAAGACGCAUCUAAUGGUGGAGAAAAGUCACACAAGACACAUCUCAUGGUGGAGAAAAGUCACACAAGACACAUCUCAUGGUGGAGGAGAAAAGUCACACAAGACACAUCUCAUGGUGGAGGAGAAAAGUCACACAAGACACAUCUCAUGGUGGAGAAAAGUCACACAAGACAUCUCAUGGUGGAGAAAAGUCACACAAGAGGCAUCUCAUGGGGGAGAAAAGUCACACAAGACACAUCUCAUGGUGGAGGAGAAAAGUCACACACGACACAUCUCAUGGUGGAGGAGAAAAGUCACACAAGACAUCUCAUGGUGGAGGAGAAAAGUCACACAAGACACAUCUCAUGGUGGGGAAAAGUCACACAAGACACAUCUCAUGGUGGAGAAAAGUCACACAAGACGCAUCUCAUGGGGGAGAAAAGUCACACAAGACGCAUCUCAUGGUGGAGAAAAGUCACACAAGACACAUCUCAUGGGGGAGAAAAGUCACACAAGACACAUCUCAUGGUGGAGAAAAGUCACACAAGACACAUCUCAUGGUGGAGAAAAGUCAAACAAGACGCAUCUCAUGGUGGAGGAGAAAAGUCACACAAGACACAUCUCAUGGUGGAGAAAAGUCACAAGACACAUCUCAUGGUGGAGGAGAAAAGUCACACAAGACACAUCUCAUGGAGGAGAAAAGUCACACAAGACACAUCUCAUGGAGGAGAAAAGUCACACAAGACGCAUCUCUUGGUGGAGGAGAAAAGUCACACAAGACGCAUCUCAUGGUGGAGGAGAAAAGUCACACAAGACAUCUCAUGGAGGAGAAAAGUCACACAAGACGAAUCUCAUGGAGGAGGAGAAAAGUCACACAAGACACAUCUCGUGGUGGAGGAGAAAAGUCACACAAGACACAUCUCAUGGAGGAGAAAAGUCACACAAGAAGCAUCUCAUGGUGGAGGAGAAAAUUCACACAUGACAUCUCAUGGUGGAGGAGAAAAGUCACACAAGACGCGUCUCAUGGUGGAGGAGAAAAGUCACACAAGAUGCAUCUCAUGGUGGAGAAAAGUCACACUAGACGCAUCUCAUGGUGGAGGAGAAAAGUCACAUAAGACGCAUCUCAUGGUGGAGGAGAAAAGUCACACAAGAUGCAUCUCAUGGUGGAGGAGAAAAGUCACACAAGAUGCAUCUCAUGGUGGAGAAAAGUCACACAAGACGCAUCUCAUGGUGGAGGAGAAAAGUCACACAAGACUCAUCUCAUGGUGGAGGAGAAAAGUCACACAAGACGCAUCUCAUGGUGGAGGAGAAAAGUCACACAAGACGCAUCUCAUGGUGGAGGAGAAAAGUCACAUAAGACGCAUCUCAUGCUGGAGGAGAAAAGUCACACAAGAUGCAUCUCAUGGUGGAGGAGAAAUGUCACACAAGAUGCAUCUCAUGGUGGAGGAGAAAAGUCACACAAGAUGCAUCUCAUGGUGGAGGAGAAAAGUCACACAAGACACAUCUCAUGGUGGAGAAAAGUCACACAAGACAUCUCAUGGUGGGGAAAAGUCACACAAGACAUCUCAUGGAGGAGAAAAGUCACACAAGACACAUCUCAUGGUGGAGGAGAAAAGUCACACAAGACAUCUCAUGGAGGAGAAAAGUCACACAAGACAUCUCAUGGUGGAGGAGAAAAGUCACACAAGACAUCUCAUGGUGGUGGAGAAAAGUCACACAAGACAUCUCAUGGUGGGGAGUAGUCACACAAGACACAUCUCAUGGUGGGGAAAAGUCACACAAGACGCAUCUAAUGGUGGAGAAAAGUCACACAAGACACAUCUCAUGGUGGAGAAAAGUCACACAAGACACAUCUCAUGGUGGAGGAGAAAAGUCACAGAAGACACAUCUCAUGGUGGGGAAAAGUCACACAAGACACAUCUCAUGGUGGAGAAAAGUCACACAAGACGCAUCUCAUGGGGGAGAAAAGUCACACAAGACACAUCUCAUGGAGGAGAAAAGUCACACAAGACACAUCUCAUGGGGGAGAAAAGUCACACAAGACACAUCUCAUGGUGGAGGAGAAAAGUCACACAAGACACAUCUCAUGAUGGAGAACAGUCACACAAGACACAUCUCAUGGUGGAGAAAAGUCACACAAGACACAUCUCAUGGUGGAGGAGAAAAGUCACACAAGACACAUCUCAUGGAGGAGAAAAGUCACACAAGACAUCUCAUGGAGGAGAAAAGUCACAUAAGACGCAUCUCAUGGAGGAGAAAAGUCACACAAGAUGCAUCUCAUGGAGGAGAAAAGUCACACAAGACACAUCUCAUGGUGGAGAAAAGUCACACAAGACACAUCUCAUGGUGGAGAAAAGUCACACAAGACACAUCUCAUGGAGGAGAAAAGUCACACAAGACGCAUCUCAUGGAGGAGAAAAGUCACACAAGACGCAUCUCAUGGAGGAGAAAAGUCACACAAGACGCAUCUCAUGGAGGAGAAAAGUCACACAAGACACAUCUCAUGGUGGAGGAGAAAAGUCACACAAGACACAUCUCAUGGUGGAGGAGAAAAGUCACACAAGACACAUCUCAUGGAGGAGAAAAGUCACACAAGACACAUCUCAUGGAGGAGAAAAGUCACACAAGACGCAUCUCAUGGAGGAGAAAAGUCACACAAGACGCAUCUCAUGGAGGAGAAAAGUCACACAAGACACAUCUCAUGGUGGAGAAAAGUCACACAAGACGCAUCUCAUGGUGGAGGAGAAAAGUCACACACGACACAUCUCAUGGUGGAGAAAAGUCACACAAGACGCAUCUCAUGGAGGAGAAAAGUCACACAAGACACAUCUCAUGGGGGAGAUAAGUCACACAAGACACAUCUCAUGGUGGAGAAAAGUCACACAAGACGCAUCUCAUGGAGGAGAAAAGUCACACAAGACGCAUCUCAUGGAGGAGAAAAGUCACACAAGACGCAUCUCAUGGUGGAGAAAAGUCACACAAGACGCAUCUCAUGGUGGAGGAGAAAAGUCACACAAGACACAUCUCAUGGUGGAGGAGAAAAGUCACACAAGACGCAUCUCAUGGUGGAGAAAAGUCACACAAGACACAUCUCAUGGAGGAGAAAAGUCACACAAGACACAUCUCAUGGAGCAGAAAAGUCACACAAGACACAUCUCAUGGGGGAGAAAAGUCACACAAGACACAUCUCAUGGAGGAGAAAAGUCACACAAGACACAUCUCAUGGAGGAGAAAAGUCACACAAGACACAUCUCAUGGUGGAGGAGAAAAGUCACUCAAGACACAUCUCAUGGAGGAGAAAAGUCACACAAGACACAUCUCAUGGAGGAGAAAAGUCACACAAGACACAUCUCAUGGUGGAGAAAAGUCACACAAGACACAUCUCAUGGUGGAGAAAAGUCACACAAGACACAUCUCAUGGUGGAGAAAAGUCACACAAGACACAUCUCAUGGGGGAGAAAAGUCACACAAGACGCAUCUCAUGGAGGAGAAAAGUCACACAAGACGCAUCUCAUGGGGGAGAAAAGUCACACAAGACACAUCUCAUCUCUCCUCUGUAUAUAUAUAUAUAGAUCUCCUCUCCUCUGUAUAUAUAUAUAUAGAUCUCCUCUGUAUAUAUAUAGAUCCCCUCUGUAUAUAUAUAUAUAUAUAUAGAUCUCCUCUCCUCUGUGUAUAUAUAUAUAUAGAUCUCCUCUCCUCUGUAUAUAUAUAUAUAUAUAUAUAUAUAUUGCAGUAACACAGGUUUUGCUAUACACAUGUUUAUUCCCUUUGUGUAUAUAUAUAUAUAUAUAUAUAUAUAGAUCUCCUCUCCUCUGUAUAUAUAUAUACAUAGAUCUCCUCUCCUCUGUAUAUAUAUAUUGCAGUAACACAGGUUUUGCUAUACACAUGUUUAUUCCCUUUGUGUAUAUAUAUAUAUAGAUCUCCUCUCCUCUGUAUAUAUAUAUAGAUCUCCUCUCCUCUGUAUAUAUAUAUAUAUAGAUCUCCUCUCCUCUGUAUAUAUAUAUAUAUAGAUCUCCUCUCCU